AUGUCCUCGGGGGAGAUGAGGGGCCAGGCCCCCGGCACCGGCGGAGCGGAGACCGGAGAAGCGGGGCCGGCCUCGGAAGGCGGGGGGUGCAGCGUGACUGAGGACACCUCUUCUCUCCAAGACUCCUUCGUCUAUCUGCCUCUCCCCGAGUCUCCGGAACGGGCGGUUCCCCAGCUGACCGCCGAGCAACGGGCGGUCCCCCAGCUGACCGCCGAGCAAGCUCGGCAGGAGAUCGAGCGCUGCAAGGAGCGGUGUAGCACCCUUGAGCAAGACUGUGCCAAGCUAAAAACUGCCAAGGAAGCUGUAGAGGUGAGGAAGAUGGCAGAACUUCAGAAAAAUCUUCAGCAACAAAUGUCUUUAAUCAGAGAUGAGGAGAUACCCUUCCAGAUGGACAUUCUUUUAGCAAAGGAGAAGAAGGACAGACUGAGGCAGGAAAAGCAGGUGUUGAAAAAGAAACUGGAAGAACUGAGGAAGAGAAGCCCCUGGGAUUAUCUGGUGAUGGUGCUGCCUGCCUUGCCAGAGAAGAAGAUGGUGUUUAAGGGACUUGUGACAAACAAGGAGGAUAUCAACAAGCUGUUUCUCACUCCAUUGAUCCACUACCCUCUGCUGGGGGGCUCAGCGCUCAUCACCUUUGAGAAGGCAGAGGUAGCCCAGAGUAUCAUAGAGGCGAAGGAGCACAUGGUGGAGUUGAGCUAUGGGGAGGAGCUGGAUGAGCUCGACCGGUGCAGAGUACGAGUACAAGCAGCGCCGGUGGACAUGCUGCUGCCGUCUGCCCUCGAGGUCAGGCUGACACAGAGCAGCAGGAGUAUCAUCCUAUCUGACCUGCCCAGCCUGGACAUCCCCGAGGAGGCACUGCUGGACAAGUUGGAGCUCUUCUUCAGCAAGACAAAGAAUGGUGGUGGUGAGGUGGAGAGCAGGGAGUUCCUGGAGGACUCAGGCCAGGUGGUGAUGACCUUCGUGCAGGAGGGAGUGGCAGGGCCGCUAAUUGCAAGAGGACGCAUCCAGGCACUUAUUGGGAAAGGAAAAUACGAGCUCAAAAUAUCACCCUGCGUGAGUGGAGACAUCGCUAACCUGAAGCUCCAGCCCUCCCGCUGCCCUAGGACUGUCCUGCUCUCGGGGAUCCCAGAUGUGCUGGAUGAAGAGCCCAUGAGGGACACCCUGGAGAUCCACUUCCAGAAGACCAGCCAUGGUGGGGGAGAGGUGGAUGCCCUUGCCUACGUCCCAGUGGGGCGACAAGGAGUGGCUGUUUUCAUGGAGGAUGCGGACUAG